CUCCACUCUCUCUCUCUCUCUUUCUCUGGAUUUGGAUUCUCUGCGUCUCGGCGUUGUCCUCACCCGAAAAAUCACUCGAUCUCUGGCGACGGAAGGGAUUGCCACCGGCCGUGUUCCCUGGAUAUCUGAAGGAUGUCGUCUUCGGGGUCUGUCGCGUCGGUCUAUGUCCAUGUGGUGGAGGACGUGGUGGGCAAGAUGCGGGAAGAGUUCGUCAGUUCUGGUGCUGGCGACAGCGCUCUCGUCGAUUUGCAGGCGCGGUGGGAGUUGAAAAUGAUGCAAUGUGGUGUUAUACCUGCUGCGGCAGAUAGAACCUCAGGUGCUAGAGCGACUGGUCCUAUAACUCCUGUCCAUGAUCUUAAUGUGCCCUAUGAGGCAACUGAAGAGUACGAAACUCCAACAGCAGAAAUGCUCUUUCCACCAACUCCUUUACAGACUCCAAUGAGAACUCCACUACCUGGAAAUGUUGAGCCAACAAUGUACCAGUAUCUUCCUGCGAGCCCUAGUGAAUUUGGUCCUGCUCAUGAUUCUGGGGACAAUGGUGAUGCAAGUAAUGGGAAGCCUAGCCCAUAUAUGCCACCACCUUCUCCUUGGAUGAAUCAACGCCCUCAAGGUGUAGAUGUUAACGUUGCUUAUGAAGUGCGGGAAGAGGAGGAGCAUGGGAUCUCCCAUCCAGCCAUGACAAAGAACUUCUUCACAAUGAAUGGUACCAAGCGAAAGCGAGAAACUUAUUCUCAGCAGGUUAAUCAUGGUGGAUACAUUCCUCAACAAGAUGGUUCUGGUGAUGUUGAACCGGAUUCCUUUCUUCUGAAGGCGAGUCAAGGUGCAAUUACACUGGCUGGCAUGGACAAAGGAAAUUCGGAAGCAGGGACACAAGUAAUGGAAGAUAGGAGAACCACACUCGUUAUUCCACAGCAAGAUGGGAUCCAUGAUGAUUAUGAAGAUGGCUUUGCCAAUGAAGAUUAUAAUGCACCUUUGGACCAUGAUUUGCAUGCCACCCAUGGCACGCCUCAACCUGGCCAAAGUGCAAUUGGUGUUGGUGAUGAUGAUGAUGAUGAACCGCCAUUGAAUGAGGAUGAUGAUGAUGACAUUGAUGAAUUUGACCAGGGUGCCGACAAUGCUGACACACAUCAUUUAGUUCUAUCCCAGUUUGAAAAGGUGACACGAACAAAGAAUCGAUGGAAAUGCACACUCAAGUGCGGGAUAAUGCGCAUCAAUGACAAAGACAUCCUUUUCAACAAGGCAAACGGUGAAUUUGAUUUCUGAAGUCUGAAAGCGCGUGAUGGGCUGGCUCGCUCUUCCUUCCUUGGUUGAAGAGAUAACAUGCCAGGCGAAGGCGACUGUAGGAUGGCUUAUAACUGGUCCCGUGUACACCACUAGUCGGAGACUUGGACCUCCUUUUCCUUUUCCUAUGUAUAUACAUUUCUGCAUUUUUGUUUGCUGUAAAUUAUUCGCGUUAUUGAGAAACUCUUCAGAGAGUGAGAAGAGAGAGAGAGAGUUGUGCAGAUAGUCAUCCAGAUAUUGAUAGCAGUCCAGAUAUUGGAAAACAAGGAAAAGCCCUUUUCCGUAACUGUGAAUUUUUUGGGCCGUUACCGAGCAGAUGGGGUGCGUGCUCAUCGUGUAAGAACACUCGUCAUAUCGCCCUCAAUUUUAUGAAGACCAUGUAAUUAGAUGUCACAGAGAAAGCGGUUGUUUCACCAAGCUAUUCUAUCUCA